GAGUCGUCUGACGCUGGGGUGACGUCACGGCGACGAAGCUUUCUCCAGUCAUGGCGGCGGCGGCAGAGCAGGAGGCGUCGAGGCUGCGGCUGCAGGAGGCGCUCAGCGCCCGCGAUCUCCUCGCGCUCGAGUGGGGCAAGAAGGCGCCCAGCCUCGACGCGUGCGGCGAGCUGCUCGCCAAGCUCAAGCUUGCGCUGCUCGACCUCAAUUUCCUACCAGUGGGUGGAACCAAGCCUAGCAAGCAGCAGCUCAUCCUGGCACGAGAUAUCUUGGAGAUCGGUGCACAGUGGAGUGUUCAGAAAAAGGACAUCCCUUCGUUUGAGCGAUACAUCGCACAACUCAAAUGCUACUACUUUGACUACAAGAGCGAGCUUCCAGAGUCGGCUUACAAGUGGCAGCUGUUGGGCCUCAACCUGCUGUGCCUGCUCUCGCAGAACCGCGUGGCCGAGUUCCACACGGAGCUAGAGCGCCUUCCUGCCCGCGAGCUCCAGGGCAAUGUCUACAUCAAACACCCCGUGUCACUUGAGCAGUACCUGAUGGAAGGCAGCUACAACAAGGUGUUUCUGGCCAAGGGGAAUGUGCCGGCAGAGUCGUACACGUUCUUCAUCGACAUCCUGCUCGACACAAUCCGGGACGAGAUCGCGGGCUGCAUCGAGAAAGCGUACGAGAGGAUAUCGUUCAAGGAAGCAGCACGCGUCCUCUUCUUCAAUGCGCAGAAGCAGAUGACCGAGUACAGCACCAAGCGUGGCUGGAAACUGGGAGCCGACAGCUACGUGCUAUUUGGGAACACGCAGCAGCAGAAGCCGGAAGAGGCUACAAUCCCAUCCACAGAGCUGGCGCAGCAAGUCAUCGAGUACGCGCGGCAGCUCGAGAUGAUCGUCUGAGCUUACCCCAUCGGUGGGGAGAGGGGAGCUGCGCUUCUCCCAUGUGACCCACCCCCCAUAAAAUAAACACCCUGCCCCCUUGAAACACGAUUUCAGGCAGUCUAAACUAAAGUUUGUGAUGUUCUCCAGAAUGUGUUUAUUAUAAUUUUGAAAAAUGUGUUUUUUUAUUACAUUUGUGCACCAGGCUACAUCUUGUGUAUUUAAGGCAGGAAGCAAGUUGUUUUUCUUCUCGAGAUGCUUUUAGAUAUUAACACAGACGUUGAACUGAUGACACAGCAGGGAGCUUCUUUUGAUGGCUAAAUUCUAAACAUAAAUAAAUGGUUGGAUUAAAGACCUGUGUAGGAUAUUUGUCCAUAAGAUUUCUGAUAUUGGAAACCAAUAAAGUGUGGCCUGAAUAAGCAGCCACUUCCUGCGGCAA